AUAAAAUGCAACAAAUUAAAAGUUACCGGAAGUAGGUGCUACGGCAGAGUUACGUUCCAUAGUCGAAUCUGAUUGGUUCUUUAUAAGCAUCAGCAAUGGCGGACAAUGAAACUCUAGUGGAUGGGAAAUCUUUGAACGAGUUACGUGUAGUGGAUUUGAAGAAAAAGCUCAAAGAAAGGGGUUUACCUACUGGCGGAACUAAAACACAAUUAGUUGGAAGGCUCAAAGCGCAACUAUUAUUAGAGCAGAAGCGGCUAGAAGCUAGCUCAGGUGAUGAGAGCACUGUUCCCAACCUAGACCUACAAAGCAGUCAGAAUGAGUUCAUCAAACAAUAUCUAGCCCAGCAGCAGCAGAAUUAUGAAAAACAGAAAGAAGAAAAAAAUAAGAUAUAUGAAGAAGAAGCAAGACGUGCCAGUGAAAGUACGGACCAUGACAGCCAAGAGGAGGCCACUGAUGACACAGAUACAGAGAAAACACCAAAUAAAAAAGCAAUGGCAAGCCCCAUCAAGAUCCCUGUGAAUUCUCACCAUUCAGAAGCAGAAAUUACAAGCCCAGUGCGUAAAUCUAGUCGCACCAGAAGUGUCACAAAUGAGGAAGAUAGAGAAGCAAUGGAUCAGUCCAAAGAUGCAGAGAAACCCAAGGAAGAAGCAUCCCCUGCUGCAACUGAAGACAAAACUAAGAAAGAAGAUGUGGUUGAAGGAACUGCAGCUAAGGUUGAAGAAAAGGCUAAACCAGUGGAGAAUGGUGAAAAGGGUCCAGGUGAUGCUGAGACCCCUCUGCCAGAAGUUGCCCCACCUGCACCAGAGCCUACUAAAGCUGAGGCACCAUCCAUUCCAAAAUCUCGCAAAAUUAAAAUUAAUCGUAAAUCUGAUGUCAAAACCCCGACCCAAGAUAUUGCACCAAAGGAGGAGGAAUCUUCAAAGGAAGCACCCUCAACUCCAAAAGAAGAUAUAAAACCUGCAAAAGAAGCAACCCCUCCCCCACAACCUCCCAAAGAGGAUAGUCCACCACCUCAACCCCCAAAAGAGGAUAGUCCACCACCUCAACCCCCAAAGGAGGAUAGUCCACCACCUCAACCUCCAAAAGAGGAAAGCGCACCACCUCAACCCCCAAAGGAGGAUAGUCAACCACCUCAACCCCCAAAGGAGGAUAGUCCACCACCUCAACCUCCAAAAGAGGAUAGUCUACCACCUCAACCCCCAAAGGAGGAUAGUCCACCACCUCAACCCCCAAAAGAGGAUAGUCCUGACUCUAAGAAGAAGAGAUUGCAAAGACGGAAACCUGGAAGACGAUCUAGCUCAUCAAGUUCUAGCUCAGAAUCAAGAUCAAGAUCUCCUCCAAGAGUGAAAAAACGACGAAAUAGGAAAUCAAGUUCUAGCUCUAGUGCAUCAUCACGAUCCAAAUCUCCUCAGAUGAAAAAACGUAGAGGUCGCAAGUCGAGUUCAUCGAGUUCUGAGUCUAGAUCUAAAUCACCAGUUCCUAGGAAACAAACACGAUCGAGGUCGAGCUCUAGUUCAAGCGGGUCUAGAUCUCCAGAUCGGAAAGUGAAGUCACCUGUAAGUAAGCGAGCGAGAAGUAGAUCUUCUAGCUCAAGUCGAUCAAGGUCACCUGUACAGAAAGCAGAUAGGUCCUCAAGGUCAAAGUCACCUCAAAAGCCAAGGUCAAGGUCAGAGUCCAGUAUGUCAAGGUCACCAUCUCCUGCCAAGCAACCUGAACAGGAAAAGGAUGAAGAGGAGACGCCUGAAGUUGCUGACAAAGUGGAAGGAAAGCGCAGUAAAGUUGCUGAUGAAGACAGUGAGAAGUCUCGCAGUGAAUCUCCAAUGGAUGCCUCAACCACUGAAAAUAAUGCAGAUAAGAAGGAAGACAACAAGGAAGAUGAAUCCAAACCACCUACGAAGAUCCAGUCCAGGAAAAUAUCUUUGAACAAAGAUGCCAAGAAAGAAGAGGGUGCCACUGCUGAGAAGCCAGCUAAGAAGAGACGUUGGGGAUCAACCAAGACUGAACCUACCAAGAAAAAGAACUGGGGGAGCAUCUCAACAGAUUCACUCAAGGGUUUGAUCCCAGACAUUAAAGCUGCACCUAAAGCUGAAGAGCCUAUCAUUAAAGUGACAGAAAGUGUCACAGGAGACUCUUCAGGUGACGAGGAUAUGACAAGUGAUGCAGAAGACACAAGAAAAGUCAUAAAGCGCACAGUGACUCAGGAAAUUGAAAAUAAAGAUGAUACAGAGGUGACUAAAGAAAAGGAUGAUGAGAAAUCAGGGGCCGAAUCUGGUUCUGAACAAUCAUCAUCAUCAGGUGAAGAGUCUGCCGGGGAGGAAGAUAGCAAGACUGAAGAGCCAAAAGAACAGAAACAGCCUAAGAAAGUGGCAACAACCAAGCCAAAGGCUGUGCGUCGUAUUGGGAGUCACGUUCCAUCUCCUGAUGCCCCAGAGAAGGCACGUCACUCCCCCUCCCCACCCAGGAACCCGCCAUCGUGCAUUGUGCACAUCCGUGGUCUGGUGCGUCCAUUUACCCUUGGCCAACUGAAGGAGGUACUUGGCCAAACUGGAGAGCUGACAGAGGAUGGUUUCUGGAUCGAUAAGAUCAAGUCUCAUUGUUAUGCCACUUACACUUCUGAGGAAGAAGCUGUAGCCACAAGGAAAGCCCUGCAUGGUACAAAAUGGCCCUCAUCAAACCCGAAAACUCUUAGUGUGGAAUUUUCAUCAUUGGAUGAGCUGCAGUGGAAUCGUGGGGAUGCACCUCCAAAGAAAGAAGUUCCCAAAGAAGAGCCCCGCAGGACCCGAGAACGUAAGGAAUCUGAGAGAGAUGGUCGCAGACGUAGAAGUGGUGAUCGCGGCCGAGAUGAGAGAAAACCCCGCCAGGAGCGUGGGAGAGAUGCACCUCCUGUGCGAGAAUGGGAUCGUGACAAAAUAGUCCAAGGGUCAAAAUCACCAUCUUUAUCCCCUGGUCCUAGCCCUGAUAAACGACGACGAUCAGGUGGUCGUGAACGAUCAAGAUCGCCAGAUAAACGACGUGAAAGAAAAUAUAGAGAAAGAGCUCCUGACAAAGAAAAUGAGGCUCAACAACCAGCAAAACUCUUGGAUGAUCUCUUUAAGAAAACUACAACAACACCUUGCAUUUACUGGCUACCACUCACAGAGGAACAGAUUGUAAAGAGAGACAUCCUACGUGCAGAACAGAAGGAAAGGAGAGAAAUGAGACGUCGUGAAAUGGAAAAGGAAGAACAGGAAAAACAAAAGGCGCUGGAAAGAGCACGACAGGAAAGAAGAAGAGAGAGAGAAAAAUAUUUGAGGGAGAGGGAACGAGAAAGGGAACGAGAGAGGCGUCGGUCAAGGUCGGACUCUAGAAGUCACAGUCGGAGGCGUCGUCGUUGAUGACAUCACACUUGUGAAUAUUACAUAAUUCAUUUGGGACUCUAGCUAUAUAUAGAUGUAAAUAUGAUUGCGGUAUAACAGUGGUUUAUAUGCAACAUUUUUGUAGAAAUAUAAGAUUAUUACGCAUCUGCGUCACAUCUACCUAACUGAUAUAUCCAUUCAGUUGAAUAUUCAGCCACACAAGGUGUUCAGGAAAUAUGAUAAUUUACAAGAUUUCUUAACUUGUACUAUGGCCUCUUCAUUAUAAAACCUUUAGGUAAUUUAUUGAAAUUAUUGUAGAAACAACAUCCAUAUCAUUUAAGAACGCUGGAUCUUAUGAUGAGAAAAUCCAGUUAGUAAUUAAUUAGGUCAUUAGUUGAAGCAAGUAUGACUGAUUGUAUAAGAUAUAUCUAAUAGGUAGCUGGUGAUAGAGAUAAACUCAAUGAAAACACAGAUGUAGUUUUAGUACAGUAUAUCCCAGGAGUCUAUGUCAUGCUCUAGAGCAAUUUUCAAAGCAUUUUCAGUAUUUAGUAUAAUCCAAGGGAUGUGAACUGAUUAAUAAAAUAUGGCAUCACAUUUGAUAUGUGUUAUCUAAACUGUAAAUUGCACAUGAAUGAUACCAGUAUUACAUGAUAUUUAUGAGUCAGGUAACCUUCCUUAACUGCUAUACAUUAAAUUUGUUUAAAUUAAACUUGAUGUUAGAACAUAAGACCUUCAUUUUAUGUAUUACUACAGUUUUUAUUAUUGAUUUUAAAUAGUAUAGAGUCCGAAUGUGUAUAUCUGUUAGAUUUUCCAUUGGGGCAGCUUUAUCUGAGAAUAAUACACACAAAGCAUCCUUCUCGGCUUCGCCCUUGGUUAUGUCUGUAGCUGAUAGAUGCACAAAAUGUACGUGAGGGGGUUGUAGUAAUUUGGAACAUGAGGGGAAAAUGAAAUAAGAAUAUUGGGAAUUAAGGAAUUUGAGAUUCCAAAAUAAAGAAUUUGAAGGAACUUGCAUUGUAUAAUAUGGAACAUUAAACACAACACAUAUGCCACUCCCACCCCCUUUUAUAAAGUGGACUGUGAGAGUCAUUUUCCGAAUUUAAUUUUUCUUAUAUAUGGUAUUUUAUUAGUUUUAAUUAUUAAGACUCCCUGUACAUAAUCAAUGGAAUAAAAUAAAUAUAGAACAAAAUAUAUGAGUUUCUUCUAUCAACUGCAUGCAUGUUGUACUAUUAGUAUGAAUUCACAUAUUGAAUCAUCAAA